AUGAAUUCAUCGUCGUCGAGAUUGUUGGAACAACGACAAACGUCAGUGGUCACGAAGGAAGACGACGUUUCGAUUCUUGAAGAAUUGUUCGAUUUGCAUCCACAUGAAUUAAACGUGUUGCAACCGACGAUUCAAUCAUUUUGUGAGGAGUCUUCUCUGGGCCAUUUGAUGCCCAAUUUGAAAAACCAAUCGUCGUCAACCUUGUCUUCACUUCCUCCGAUUGAAUGUUUACAACAAUUUUCAAUGAAUGUGAUCUCAAACUCUUGCGAUUCGAUUCGAUUGGUUGGCUCGAAUGAAAGAAAUGCCUUCGAAGACGUGAUAGUAAAUCGAAACGUUGGAAGCGUCGGUGUAGGUGGUUGUUGUGUGGCUGCUUCGACGAUGGAAAUGUCAUGUCCUUUUGAGAAUACGUUAUUUUCAAAUACGUGUUCGGAAAUGAAUGGACGAAUGGAGAGUCUUAAGGAAAAUGGCUGGAUGAGAAGAACAUUGGUCGAUAGGAUGAAUGAGUCUUCUUUAACGACCGUGGUGAGUGCAGUAGGAUCUGAAUUUGGAACUUUACAAUUUUCCAUGUUUGGAAGAGGUGACACUUGUCAGCAAGAGAUGCUUCCAAUGUAUUUAUUGCAACCACAACUUCCCUGUAUGAUAACAAAAUCAUAUAAUAAGAUUCUAUUGAAAAAGAAAGUUUUACCCCAAGCCUGGAAAGAAGCUCUUGAAAAUCAGAGAGUGAAAAAACAAAUACAAAAACAACGAAAAAUGUUGCAACGAGAGAAGAUUAUUCAACGAAGAAGGGAAUUAUAUGGAAGAGUUGCCGCCACAGAAUUGAGCUCGACAGGUAUUCGAUCAAAAAGGGAAAUUACCAAACCCGAGAUGACAAGAAUGGAAAUACCCUUAACUGAGUUUAAAAAGCAAAAUUUAGAUAAGAGAAAAUCAUUAAUGAGAGAGCUCAGUUUGGAAUGGAUCAUUUGUGAAGAAGUUUUAUUAAGGCUUUUACAGUUUCGAUCACAUGAUGUUAAUCAAUUACCAGAAAUGAUUGACGAUGAUCUAAUCGAACAAGUCGAACAACAAUUAAAUGAUGAAGAAAAUCAAAGACAAAAACAGCUCUCCCAAAUAAUGGACGGAAUAUAUCAGAAAAGUGUGAAAAGUUUGCAGCGACUGUACGAUUUAUUAAAUACCGACUCGAUGGACAUUGAAGAUAUUAUUGAUACCAUUUUAGAUUCAGACACACUCUCUCACGUAAAAUCAUAUUAUCUCGAUAGAAGUAUACUUGGCAAGUAUUUGAAUGUUUUGAAUGACUCAACAAUUUCACUCAUGAACGAAACACUCGAAGAUACCCCAACUCAAUUGGACGGAAUGAUUCAACGAAUUCAACAUUUUGCAGUUUCAAUUGUUAAAAAGCUGAGUGCAAACGGACGAAUCGAUCAAAUUCAAACACUUUCGAAUCAACUCGAUGUUCCCUUAAUGAUUCAAUUAGUUCAUUCUCGACAUUUACCGAUUGCCAAUGACGCUUUAUUUAUUCUGGCAAAUAUUGCAAAGAGCUCAAGUUCACAACGAGAUCAAAUUCUCGAUGGACAGAUUGUGAAAGAAAUAGCAUGGCUCAUGUCGACACGAGUCAUCAAUGAAGAGGAUGAACAACAACUUUCCUUGAUGCGAAUGGCUGCUUGGUGUUUUUCAAAACUUUGUGUUGGAAGCCCCUCUCCCAGUAAAGAACACAUGAAACAACUUUUAACUCUCACUCCCUAUUUCCUGCAUCGAAAAGACAUUGAAACUCUUACUCACACUUGUCGAGCCAUUGGACGUCUCAUGUAUCCCAAAGAAAUGAUCACCCCCUUCCUACAAACUGGCCAAUCGACACGAAUGAUCGCCUUGUUAAAUAAUCGAAGUGAAUCCGAAUACAAUUUAUUGGCACAAGCUCUUGUGGCUGCUGUGAAUAUUUCAGCAGGAACCGACGAAGAGACUCAACAUCUCGUCACACUCAACAUUUUGGACAUUUCUCUCAAAAUUUUGAGAUUACCCAUGGUUCCAAAAUCUAUUCGAAUUGAUGCCAUGAUUCUCGUUUCGAAUGUUUGUGCCUGUACCGAAGAUCAAGUUCAAAAAGCAAUUGAUUGUGGUGUGUUGGAAGAGAUUGCAUUGAUUUUCAAUCGGAAAGACACAUUGAUGGAUUUGAAAAAAGAAGCCGUUUGGAUUUUUCGAAAUGCCGCCAAUAGUGGACUCGACGCUCAUAUUGAGCUCUUUGUUGAGCGAUAUCAAAUUGUGCCUCCAUUGUGUGAAAUGAUUGUGAAUGGACACUCAGAAACUCAAAUCAAAAACAUGUGUAUGCAAACUCUUGUGAAAAUUUUGGAAUAUUACGAAGAGCGAGAGGAGAGGAGUGAAGAGAUGGAACAUGACAAUCAGCGUGGCAAAACGAAUGUGACAGAACGACGAGUUGUGGAAGGGUCACACUCCCAAAGCAAGUUGAAAUCUUUUAAUGAAAUUCUUUCACACAUUCAGAAGAGUGGAGCUGCAAAAGAAAUUUUGCAAAUGGAUAUUCAUUCAUCGGAAUAUGUGGAAACUUUAUCGAAAUUUCUUCUUCGAUCUUGA